AUACGAGCCUACGGUCUGGCUCUCGCUAUCUUGUCUGAUUGCGCGGUGGAUUCGCAAUUCCGAGCAGCUUUUAAAACAAAUAAUUCAGACCGCAGCCAGACUUUGCCAGAGGCAAGAUACAGCAGCUCACACACAGCACAGCAAGCAAGGUUCGGUCCGACCAGCAUAGAAGAGAGAGGAGGGUUGAGAGAAAGCGAUAGGCGCGUUGGAUAUGCGACUGGAUAUGCAAAUGAGCUGCCCGGAAUGACGGCACGGAGCACCCACGAGCCUUCUCAUGUAUCUGAUCGAUAGGGGAUAUUAGGGCCAGCUGGCCAGAGCGGGCACAGUUAUAAACAACUCGAUGACAGCGCGGCUCACUCUGAGCAAGUUGAGAAACAGUGUGCAUCACAGACAGUCGAAACAAAGCGCCCACCGCGACGUUAAACAUAUUCAGCUGUCAAAUAGGCUACAAGUCUACUUUCGCAACAACAUGUCACUGUUUUGCCAGGACAGCAGUGUUUGAAUGACUCGGACAGGGAGGACAUACGUUGGCAGCCCUAAGGUUUUCGACAUGCCAGAGAAUGUUUCGUUCUCCAGGAACCGCACGGUUCUGGACGCACGGCUGGGGACGCGUCCCGCAUGGGCUAUCACGGUACUGGCCAGCGUGCUGAUCUUCACCACGGUGGUGGAUGUCUUGGGCAACUUGCUGGUUAUCAUUUCAGUGCUUAGGAACCGGAAACUUAGAAAUGCGGGGAACGUGUUUCUGGUGAGCCUGGCCUUUGCUGACCUGGUGGUGGCCUUCUACCCCUACCCCCUGGUGCUCUACGCCAUCUUCCAUGAUGGCUGGUCGCUGGGAGAGACACAGUGCAAAGUCAGUGGUUUCCUGAUGGGCCUGAGCGUCAUCGGCUCCAUCUUCAACAUCACCGGCAUCGCCAUCAACCGCUACUGCUACAUCUGUCACAGCUUUGCUUAUGAUAAGCUCUACAGCUACCGCAACACCCUCCUACUGGUGGGGCUCAUCUGGCUCCUCACCAUCCUGGCCAUCAUACCAAACUUCUUCGUAGGGUCACUCCAGUACGACCCCAGGGUGUAUUCGUGUACCUUUGCUCAGGCCGUCAGUACAUCGUACACCAUCACUGUGGUGGUGAUUCAUUUCUUCGUGCCCAUCGCCGUGGUUACCUUCUGCUACCUGAGGAUCUGGAUCCUGGUCAUCCAGGUGAGGAGGAAGGUGAAGACAGAGGUGAAGUCCCGACUCAAACCCAGCGACAUGCGCAACUUCAUCACCAUGUUUGUGGUGUUCGUGCUCUUCGCCAUCUGCUGGGCACCGCUUAACUUCAUUGGGCUGGCCGUGGCCAUCGACCCGGAGAUGGUGGCGCCACGGAUCCCCGAGUGGCUGUUCGUGGUCAGCUACUUCAUGGCGUACUUCAACAGUUGCCUUAACGCCAUCAUCUACGGCCUGCUCAACCAGAACUUCCGUAAGGAAUACAAACGGAUUAUCAUGGCCAUGUGGAUGCCUGGUCUGUUCUUCCAGGAGGCGUCACAGGGGGGUACUGAGGGUAUGAGGAGCAAGCACUCGCCCAGACUGGGACUCAACAACAACGAUCACAUCAAAGGAGAGGCUUUGUGACGUUGACGCCAAGGUUCUCCACUCCUUUCCCAUGGGUUUUGUUUAUUUCUUCAGUCGUGGAGUGCCAUUUCUCUAUUAUAUCUCACUGACUGCACAGUUGUGCUGUUACCAAAGCCUCAAUGAACUCUCGGAAUGGUGCGGAUUAAAAAGAGAGAGAGAGACAUACACAAGAAAAGAGAAAAAGAGAGAGGAGGUGUGGACUGAUGAUAACUGACUCUGUUAUUCACAAUUCAAAGAGUGCCAUUCAUGAAGCAUACAGUAUACACUACCAAAAGUAUGUGGACACCUGCUCAUCAAACAUCUCAUUCCAAAAUCAUGGGCAUUAAUAUAGAGUUGGUCUCACCUUUGCUGCUAUA